AUAAGAAUAAUGGAGGAUUUUUAUGAUUUUGAUAGGUAUUUUGAGGGUGGAGAUAGGAAGGAGAAACAAGAAGGCAAAAUAGAUAGCGUCUUAGAGAAAAUCCGAUCUUUUGAAAAAGCCGUUGAAAACGCUCAAGAUUUGGUUGAUUCAAUUAAAUUUAACCAGAGUAAAGAAGCAAAAACUACAGCAAUUAAUAUAAAAAACUCAGUGUUUCCAAUACAACAAGAGCUUAAUGAGAUAGCAGGAGGAUCUGACAUAAAGUUGAUAGACUUAGGUGAACAGAGAUUGUACAAUAUAUCAGAUAAAGCAGAGGCUGUCAUCAAAACUUGUGAAGAUAUUUUGAACAAAAAGCCUGUCACAAGAGUUGAAAAUACUUUGAAUAUUCCAUCAAGAAUGAUAAAAGCUCAAAAAGAUCCAGAAGAAGUAAAGAUAGCUCCAGUAGAAGAAAUUAUUUCAAUAGAGGAAGAAAUAUACGAUCAAUGUAAAAGCAUUGACUACGGUAUUAAAAAUGUGGUGUUCAAGGCUACAAUUGAGAAGGAUGAUGGAGAUCUAUCUCCAGUCAGCACCCUCUCUAUCUUACUAAAUGAUCAUAGAUAUGCCUCGUAUCUGAAAAUUUGUCUGAAAGAUACUUUUCCUAAAGUAGACUUUAUCUCUAUUCGUGGUCAAACUCGAAAAAUUAGAAGGAGACUGAAGAAGUUUAUCAAUGAGUCUAUGCCUAACACAGUUAGAGGGAUUAGUUUUAAUAAGAGUGAAUGGGCUCCAAGUCUAAUCAAAGAGUACUUCUCAGAGAUACUUAAGAUGAGUCAUAGAGUUACAGGACAGAUAUCUCUUUAUAAUUUUAUCAUAUCUACCAUUCAGAUGAGAAAGCUGUUAGCAGUGAACAGAGAUAAAUAAACUUAUAGGAUUUGAGAGUUGCAUCUUAUUCCUCGAGUCCAUUCCUAAUUUCGGAAACUGCUUCAAAGCUACCAGCACUAAGAUCCUAGUUUUUGAUCAAUGUGGAGCUCCAAAUAGAGGUAACUGGGCAGAUAAUCCUCACCAUUUUGAUAAUUUGGUUCAAGGAUUAGCAAAAUCAGAAGAUCUAAAGGCAAGUCUGAGAGAGAUACAUGUCAUGAACUGCGGAUUACAAAGAAAAGAUGUCAAACAACUAUUGAGCAACCACGGAUUAAAAAAAGUUAAAAUAUUCGGAUGAUUCUGAUUCUAGAUAGCUAUUUUUAUAAAAUUUCAGAACCAUCCCUCUCUAUAAAUUUUUUGCCUUUCUUUAAUCUAAUAUUAAUCUUUUCCAUCAUUGUCUCUCUUUCGACAUUAUUCCCUCAAAAGGCUCAAAAAAUAUUUUCAGCCCUUUAUUCAAACCUUCAAAACCCAAAUUUCCCACACAAUCUUCAAAACCUCAACUUAUCCUGUCCAAGUCCUUAACCCAAUCAAAACUCAUCCCUAAAAUUUCACUAAA